AUUAAAUAGACCCAUCAUGGGGUCCUAUUCGGGGUUGAACCGAGCAGCUCUUUCCUUUGAGUACCUUCACACAAACUCAACAACUCACGAGUUUCUGUUCGGCGCUCUAGCAGAACUGAUAGAUAAUUCGAAGGAUGCUCGUUCAAAGAAGAUAGAGAUCUAUUCAGAGCGAAACGAAGAACUUCGAGGUGGUUACAUGCUAUGUUUUCUGGACGAUGGAUAUGGAAUGAAUCGAGAGGAAGCCAAACGGGUUAUUACGUUUGGAAGAUCGGCUAAGAAAGCUAUGGACACAAAUGUAGUCGGACAGUAUGGCAACGGGCUCAAAUCGGGAUCCAUGAGAGUGGCGAAGGAUUUCAUUGUGUUUUCGAAAACGAAAGAGCAGCACGUUUGUAUCUAUAUGUCUCGAACAUUCCACGAGGACGAGAAAAUAGACGAAGUCAUUGUCCCCAUACCCUCCUGGGACUCCAAAAACAGAAGACCUUUCCCGUCUACUCCUGAAGAUUUAGAACGGCACACAAAAGAACUGGAGAUCAUCUUCAAACAUUCUCCGUUCAAAACAGAAGCUGACAUUUUUGCGCAGUUCGACAAGAUUGAGAGUGAUUCCGGAACAUUGGUUAUUCUAAUCCACAUGAAGCUCUUGGACAACGGGGAGCCAGAACUAGACAUCGAUUCUGACCCGACUGAUAUCAUCAUGGGAAGCGAGAAAGGAUUGUCUCAUGAGGGCUUGGUUCUGGAGAGGCGUUCUCUGCGUGCUUACACCAGUAUCUUGUAUUUGGAGCCAGUGAUGAAGAUCUACAUCCAGGGCGUGAAAGUACAGACACGUCGACUAGCCAACUGUCUCUACAAGCCGAAACAAUUCAAAUUUACCUCUAAUAGAUUCAAAACGAGAGCAGAAAACGAUGCAAGAGAAGCACGUGAACAUGCGAAGCUAGCAGAAGAAAAAGCGAGAGAGAAGGAGAGUACAUAUCGUGACUUGUUGAAAAGACUGGGCAAUUCGACUAACAGAGACUCUCGGUCUAAGUUGAACCUGGCGAAGAAUGACGCGGAGGACCACAGAUCAGAAGCGAUCAUUAAAACGAAAUUAGCAGACCAGAAAGAUAAAAUGCUGAAAGAUCCCAAAAUUCUCCACCUCAUUUUUGGCUUCAACAUAGAAAACAGAUCCUGUGACGGCAUGUUCAUGUACAACUGUGGUCGACUGAUCAAAAUGUACGACAGAACGGGACCUCAGCAGGACGGAAAAGUGACCUGUCAGGGGAUUGUGGGAAUUGUAGAUGUACCCUAUAUUGUGUUGCAACCGGCUCAUAAUAAGCAAGAUUUUGCAGAUGGAAAAGAGUACAGACAUUUACUGAAGGUAAUGGGCGAACACAUGGCGGACUACUGGAACGACUCAGGGAUCAUCCGGACAGGUGUUACUGAGUUUUGGGAGAGUUUCGGAUAUGAGAGUGGGAAGAAGUGGUGGGAGCCGGCCUCGGAUGAACCCCGAUUUGUGAAGCGCAGACAAUUGAAUAUACCUCAAGCCAUUCAGUGUGACAUGUGUCUCAAGUGGCGUCUUCUACCAACCACCAGCUCCAGUAUCGGAAAGCAGUAUCCCCCCAACUGGGUCUGUCAGAACAACCCAGAUGCCCAAUUCAACAGGUGCAAUGCCCCAGAGCAGAAGUUCUCAUUUCCUCUGAUAGACAGAAAGAAGCUGAACAAAGACAACUCAACUGGUGGCGGAUCAACGCCCAACGAGGAGAAACCAUCUCUGUCGAAUUCAGCUGAGAUGCCCAGUUUUGGCAGAACAAUUUUGAAGAAACCGGACGUGUUGCCGCCCGUUAAGAUUUUCAAACCAACUCCUUUGCCCAUAAUUGCGCCAACUAAAUUGAACGAGACGCCAAAGUUAAUAAAUCAGACUCCGUUACCAUCAAAAAGAACUAGUGCACCCGAUUCUUCGUCAAGUUCUACUAAAGUGGCCAGAAGAAAGUCACCCUCCCCGCCACCUGUCAGAGUGAAAUCAUCUAGUCGUGUAGUGCAACAGCAAGCUGCAGUUAAAGAGAAACAGAAACCUGUAAUUCGUAGGAAAAGUCCCAGUCCACCUCCAGCUAAGCCUAAGGCUCGUCAAGCGCGCAAAUCACCUAGUCCUGAACCUCCGAAGCGAUCACGAAGAAAGUCGCCAUCACCUGAAGUUGAUAAGCGAAAGUCAGCUGCUUUGUUGCUGAGUACAUCACCUGCGAGUAGUUCAUCCCGACAGAAGAAAAAGUCCCCCUCUCCCUCACCAGAACAGACAACUAGCAAAACAAGCGCACGGACAUCGACUCGUGACAGAGAAACUUCAAAGAGAUCAGCGGCAUCAGAAGCAGACUCAGAGGACACGCAAUCAGAAACCUCUAGUCAGUCGUCCCGCAAAACACAAGAUUCGCCCUCUCCACCUAAGAAAUCAGCAGCUGAGGCCAAGAAGUCAAAUGUAGUAUCUUCGCCGGCAGCUGCAAAACAAACAGAAAAGACAGCGAGUACCUCUGAAGAAGCAGUAGAUGAUUCAUUUGAGCCCUCUGUUGGAUCUGAAGUGGAGGUGUCGUUUGGUGGAAAUAAAUGGAUGGAGGCCAAUGUGUUGGAGAUACACUCCAGGACUAGAAAACUCAAAGUGCAAUUCUCACAGAAGUCAAUCCCAGACAAGUGGGUUCUUCCGAAUGAAGUUCGCAAACCUAUCAAAGAAGAAAUCGUUACUCCUCAGCCCUCCAAAAUCAAAGAAAGAAACUCGACCCCUAGCUCGUCAACAAAGCCAGCAGCGUCUAAACAAGCAGCUAGCGUUGAAAAAUCCCAAGCGAAAAUGUCCUCGGAUAAAAUAAAUGGCGAAAAAAGCCACGAGGAAGAUUCAACUACCUCCACAGUGCAGAGAAGUGUUAUGUCAGCUCAUGAGUCAGCGGACACAGCUAAAAUAGUUUCCGUGCUCAAGAGUAUGUUGAAGCACUUUUGUCCGCCUGGUUGGUCCGAAACUUCCGACAUAGCCUCUCUGACUCGCACUCAGCUGACCGAAUUCCCACUGGACCUAUUCUAUAAGCAGUAUGAAGAUGGGCUGCGGGAGCUGAUGAAGCGACAGGUGCAGAAGAAACUGGACCAGGAGUGGAAUAAGAUGAAGACUGAGUUGGAAGCAGAGACGACGCCUAUUAUCACAGCAUGUAAAAACCUAAUGAAGAAACUAUUUCCAGAGGACUACCCCGCUGAAUCAGACAGUCAUGCAAGCUGGACUGCUUUUAUGGAGAGAGCUCUCGCUGACAUCCAGGAGGACGAUGCUCCAACUUCAACAACAGUAACCAAUGGCCCAACCUCUACUAGAACCAGCUCAGAAAGCGGAGUUGUCGUGAAUGGCGAUAUUUCAAACAAUGACCCAAGUUUGUUAGAGGUCAAUGGUAACGGACACGAUUCGACAUAUGAAGAGGUUGAAAAUAACGACCCCUCACUUUUGGCCUGAAAUCUCUGUAGAUACCUAGCUGGUGUCCACCAACUCGAGUUUUCGAAACGAUCAUUGAAAAUUGUUGCAUUUUCAAAUUUUAAUGAACUGGGUUUUUAUAAGUUUGAUUCUAUUAUCAGUUGAUUUCUUUUCUAUUUAUUCAAUUUUGUUAGAAAUAAUUUACUUUGUACCAUUUAUGAGUCGGUUAAAAUGGUUGGCGAGGUGGUCAAUUCAAAAAAGGCGUAAUUUGAGUAUUUUCAAGUUGUUUUUACCAGAAGACUGUUUUCUUCAGUUCUUGCGUUGAGUUGAACGAAAAACCCUGCAGUUUUGGUCUUAAAUUAUGGAUGAGCAUCUCUAUCUUACUCAUACGUCAUUGCUUUUGAUUCUUGAUAUUUGGAGCAGGAAUUUAUAAUUUUUUUAGUCAUAAAAAUCGAUUUUCGUUCAGCUCAACUUUUUGAUUGAUCUGUUUCCAGUUAACUUCAAUUUAUUAUAUCAGCAUUGAACUGAUUUUGAAUUCAAUGCAUUUACCGUA